AACGGGCGAUUAAAGCAAAGGAAAACGUCAAAUGUAAAGCAUCGUCCGCAUUUUCUACAUUUUGAUCAGUGAAUUGAGUGAAAAUUUUUGCAAUUAUAAAUUUUUAUACGCAAAGUUAUUGAAGUAUUGUUAAUAUUAUAACAAAAUGGAUAAGAUAACGCGCAAAAAUGUGCCCGCUGAAGAUUUAUCAAACGUAGAGUUUGAGACGAGCGAAGAUGUUGAGGUGGUGCCAACUUUCAAUGCCAUGAACCUGAAGGAGGAGCUGCUGCGUGGUAUUUAUGCAUAUGGAUUUGAAAAGCCUUCCGCUAUACAACAGCGUAGUAUCAAGCCCAUAGUUAAGGGUCGCGACGUCAUAGCACAGGCUCAAUCUGGUACUGGUAAGACGGCAACAUUUUCAAUUUCGAUUUUGCAAAGUCUGGAUACGACUUUGCGUGAAACUCAAGUAUUGUGUUUGUCACCAACUCGAGAAUUGGCAGUACAAAUCCAAAAGGUCAUACUGGCUCUCGGUGACUUUAUGAAUGUUCAGUGCCAUGUGUGUAUUGGCGGUACAAAUUUGGGUGAAGAUAUAAGAAAAUUGGAUUAUGGGCAACAUAUUGUUAGUGGUACUCCUGGACGUGUUUUCGACAUGAUUAAGCGACGUGUGUUAAGGACUAGAGCAAUCAAGAUGCUGGUGCUCGAUGAAGCAGAUGAGAUGUUAAAUAAAGGUUUUAAAGAGCAAAUUUAUGAUGUGUAUCGUUACCUACCGCCGGCAACACAAGUAGUGCUUAUAUCUGCCACAUUGCCCCAUGAAAUACUGGAAAUGACAUCAAAAUUUAUGACAGAUCCUAUUCGCAUUCUUGUAAAACGCGAUGAAUUGACUUUGGAAGGCAUUAAACAGUUCUUCGUCGCAGUUGAACGUGAGGAAUGGAAAUUCGACACACUUUGUGAUCUCUAUGACACAUUAACAAUCACACAGGCCGUAAUUUUCUGCAACACCAAACGCAAGGUGGAUUGGUUAACAGAAAAAAUGCGUGAGGCAAAUUUUACUGUAAGCUCCAUGCACGGUGACAUGCCACAGAAGGAACGCGAUGAAAUCAUGAAAGAAUUCCGUGCUGGUCAAUCACGUGUACUGAUAACAACAGAUGUGUGGGCGCGUGGUAUUGAUGUACAACAAGUAUCGUUGGUUAUUAAUUACGAUCUACCAAAUAAUCGUGAGCUUUAUAUUCACCGCAUCGGUCGUUCAGGACGUUUUGGCCGAAAGGGUGUUGCAAUUAAUUUCGUUAAAUCAGACGACAUACGCAUCCUACGUGAUAUUGAACAAUAUUACUCGACCCAAAUCGAUGAAAUGCCCAUGAACGUGGCUGAUUUAAUUUAAAAAAAAAAACUAGAUUUAAUUCUUUAAAUGAUCUAUGAACAUGUGACCGAUUUGUAAAAAAAUAAGGUAAAGCAAAUCUUUUGGCACAAAUCGGGUUUGAAAAUAAGAUAAUUUAACAAUUAAAAUAAAUAUAUGAAGUAACUUACGUAUAUAAUACA